AUGUGUACUCUUUUUCCAGGAAGCAGCCUUCUUUUGCGACCUUUACAAUUUCUUUCUUCCAUUCUUUGGCACGUUCUACUUCCUAUUUUUGUUAGCAUUUUAAAUAGAUACAAUGACAUAGAUAUGUGCAAUUGCAUCUCAAAACUAUACUCGAGAAAUUUAGACCCAUGGGGUCGUCCAACAUGUCCUGGAACUCAUAUACCAUAGUGUUUCUACUUUUUGUGCUAUUUUCUGGUGCAGCUGCCUAUGACGCAUUGGAUCCAAGCGGAAAUAUAACAAUCAAAUGGGAUGUGAUGUCUUGGACCCCUGAUGGUUAUGUGGCAAUUGUGACAAUGAACAAUUUCCAAAUGUAUCGUCCAAUAAUGAGGCCUGGAUGGACUUUAGGAUGGACAUGGGCAAGGAAUGAGGUGAUUUGGUCCAUGUUUGGAGCACAAGCUACUGAUCAAGGGGAUUGUUCAAUGUUCAGAUCCAAUAUUCCUCACAGCUGUGAGAAAAAUCCUGCAAUUGUUGAUUUGCUGCCAAAUACCCCUUAUAACCAGCAAAUUGCUAAUUGCUGCAAGGAUGGUGUUUUGGCAUCGAUGGGAAAGGACCCUUCUGCUGCUCUCUCUGCAUUUCAGAUAACCGUAGGCUCUGCUGGGACUACAAACAGUACAGUGAAACUUCCCAAAAAUUUCACUUUGAAUGCUCCAGGUGGUGGCUAUGUUUGUGGUCCUGCUAAAAUCAUCCAUCCCACUCGUUUCAUAACAUCGGAUGGUCGACGAUUUACACAGGCUAUGAUGACAUGGAGAGUGAUUUGCACUUACUCUCAGUUCUUAGCCUCUCCAACACCGACAUGUUGUGUCUCCUUGUCUUCUUUUCACAAUGCAAGUAUCACCCCUUGUCCUUCUUGCUCUUGUGGCUGCCAGAACAGUAGCAACUGUGUCAUGAAGACACCAAGUGGAAAGGGAGUAAACGUUCAAAAGAAAGUAAAUAAGCCAGUGCUGCAAUGCACAAAGCACAUGUGUCCUAUCAAUGUGCAUUGGCAUGUUAAAUCAAACUACAAGAAGUCCUGGAGCGUGAAGAUCACCAUCACAAACUUCAACUACCGAUUCAACUAUACACUAUGGACACUCGUCGUUCAACAUCCAAACCUCAAUAACGCGACUCAAGUUUCCAGCUUUUCAUACAAGCCUCUCAUGCCCAACCUAUCAGCUAAUGAUACAGCCUUGUUUUAUGGGAGAAAGUCAUAUAAUGAUGUCCUGAUGCAAGCUGGACCAAAAGGAAAUGUCCACUCAGAUUUAACACUUCAGAAGGACGGAAAAACACUCGCACUGAAGAAAGCUUGGGCUUUCCCUCGGAGGGUCUACUUCAAUGGCAAUCCUUGUGUGAUGCCAUCUCCUGAAUCUUACCCAUAUCUUCCAUAUUCUGCCGGCACCAGAUAAAGAAAAUUGUCCAACUCUGGUUGUUCUGUUUCCCUUGGUUUUCCCAACUGAUGGGUGUAACUAGUGAUAAAUAUUCAAGAACAGGAAUGUACUAAUGAGUAUUACAAUGCACUUGGCAAUUUCCAAAACUAUUCAAGUCUUUUAUGAAAAAUAAGGUGCUUUACCGGAGCACACUUAAAUUA